AUGUGGGCUGCCAAUGAAAUCGCCAAGUUGUGCUACGAGCGUUUUAACGAGCUGCCCAAGAGAGGGAAGCCUGAGCCGGGCAGAGAGUGGACCCUGCUGGCCGCUGUGGUGCUACUGACUCCGCAUCUCAAAGGCGACAAGGUGGAAAAGGCGGUCAUUUCGCUGGGAACUGGGACCAAAUGCAUUGGACGCGCAGCUAUGAGCUCAAAAGGUGAUGUUCUCAAUGACAGCCAUGCAGAAGUCAUUGCUAGAAGAGGAUGCAUUAGGUACCUAAUGGAGCAGCUGUGCAGGGCAGUGUGUGGCCAGGACAGCUCAGUGUUCUGUCAGGCUGAUCAGCAAGGAAAGUGGAGGCUCAAAUCAGGAGUCUCUUUCCUGUUCUUCACCAGUCACACCCCGUGUGGUGAUGCUUCAAUAAUCCCUAUGACUGACAGUCAGUCUCAACCAUGCCCUCCUGUUAGGUACAGCGAGAUCUCUGAGAGACCUGCCCAAGUCACAGGAGGGCGACCAACCUUGAAGCGGAGAGCAGAGGAGACAAGUGAGGGGCUAAAAGUAAAGUUUCCUUGUCCCAAGGAGCAGGAGAAGGAUGAGAGAGAGUCAAAGAGUAGAGGAGACUUGAAAUGGUCAAAAUCCUCCUCUUUGAAUACAACUGACAAUUCUGAUCCGAAACAAACCGAUGUUACCCAAACAACCACCGACUGUGUUUCCCAGUUUUCAACAGAGCAGUUGGAACUACGGGCCACGGACCUUCACAGAACGGGGGCCAAGUGUGUCCCAGGUGGCCCAGCGGACCCUCAGCAACCAGGGAUAGGGUAUCACAGCACUGGGAUGCUGCGGGUGAAGCCUGGGCGUGGGGAGCCAACGCUGUCCCUCUCCUGCAGCGACAAGCUGGCUCGCUGGGGCGUGCUGGGCUUCCAGGGUGCACUGUUGUCUCACUAUCUGCAACAUGCGCUCUACUUCAGCGCCAUCGUGGUGGGGAAGUGUCCCUUCAGUCAUGAGGUUAUGCAGAGAGCCUUGGUCACCAGGUGCUCCCAUGUAUCAGACCUUCCUGCUGGUUUCUCAGUGCAUGGUCCAGAACUGCUCCAGUCCACCAUAGAGUUCCCCCAUAGCCAGGCCCAGACUGAACUCCGACACCGGGCUGGACAGGGCAGAGUCUCCCCCUGUGGGGCAGCUAUCAGUUGGUGUGAUGUGCCUGACCAGCCAUUAGAUGUCACUGCCAACGGCUACAAACAUGGUGUUACCAAGAAGGUUCUCGGUACAGACAAAGCGAGGUCUCUGCUGUGUAAGGUGGAGCUGUUUCAUUCCUUUCUGUCUCUAGUGUCUGCCACUGACCAGUCCCUUCUUCCUGACUCUCUCAGCAGGGGGAAGGAGCUGCAGAGCUACUGGGACUACAAGCAGGCAUGCCAAUCUUACCAGCAGGCCUGGCAGCAGCUCCGUAUCCAGGCCUUCCCUCUGUGGCCACGCAGCAACAGAGAUCUCCUAUUGUUUCAGUGAAACACGGUCUGGCUCACUGGUGUCAAGCCACAAAACUGCAGUUUAGUCUAUGCAGGACUUGUAGGUCAGAGGUCAAGAAAUGCUACAGAAUAGACAUCUUGUGGCACUUACUGGUCAGUUAAAAUGCCAUGAAAUAGAGCCUUCCUAAUGCAAACUUUACAGUAAAUGGAGGAAGUUCAAAGUAAUGGCCUUUGGAUCUGGGAAGUCAAAGAUCGAACCAUGCACGUUUACAUUCUGCUUUGAUGUGAAGAUGUCUGCUAUUUCUUAAUAUGGACAUUGUAACUGGGCACAAAUAGUGAUGUAGAAUUUGGCUGCAAUACACUAUAUAUUGAUAUAUUAAACCAAUUGGCUUAUCUGGUCAGUUUGGGUGUUUGAGGUAUAGAUCAAUAUGUUCCAGUGUAUUGGACACUCGUACCCCAAGAUGACAUUAACUCCAACAGCAGGACACACUCUGCAGUCCUGCUGUUUCAGGAGGUUGUUGACCGUUUAAGUGUCCGCAGAAAAUGGUUGUUUUCCAAAUCUGUCACCUGUUGUGACCAUAGCCCCCUGGUCUUCACUUAACAAAAAUACAGCUGAAUACACCAGGCUGGAUGUGAAACUCCAUUUAUGUUCAUGGGAGGUCUUUUGUCAUUUGCACAUGAGGAGCUUCACCACAACAGUCUUUCCCUCCAACACCCUCGCAUCCUCCAAUGACAAAUUGACUGGGAAUCACUCGCGGAAGGGAUGUUUGUGACCGAUAUCAAGACAAAGGAUCAUCUAUGGAGGGGAACUUGUGCUGCAUAUGGAGGAACAGACAGUUGACGGAAAACAAUGACCCGUUUUAAUCCAAGAUAAUAUUGAACAGUACUUCCCAUGCCGACUACAUCCUCAGUGUCUCACAUUACCGUCAUCGCUACUUCCUACCAUUUCUCUCUCUGCGGGACAAGUUUUGAUUGUGUUUUCAUUUGCUUAUGGUUAACUUGUGGGGCCCAUCCAUUUACGAUGUUACAGCAGAUGCUUAUCAGACAUAUGAAAGGGACGCUGUUCUUGUAAGGGAGGCAAGAUUUUAAAAAGAAAAUGGAGGGAAGGAGCGAACAUCCCAUCCCGACAACAGCCAAUGGCACAAACUCAGUUGGAGCUGGUAUGACCACUCUCAUUUGCCUCGCUGGGUGAAAAUGUACAAAUCCACUAAGCGCUAAUUUUUAAAAUGAAAUAAAUGGGAAAUUAGCCAGCUAAACUAUGUAUCUGAAGACGUGUUUAAAAGUAGAAACUUGGGCAUCCGGGUAUUUAUUCUGUUGCCUACCAACAUGGGGAUCCCGGUUCGAAUCCCUGUGUUACCUCCGGCUUGGUCGAGCAUCCCUACAAGACACUACAGGCCGUGUCUGCGGGUGGGAAGUCGGAUGUGGGUAUGUGUCCUGGUCGCUGCACUAGCGCCUCCGGUCAGUCGGGGCGCCUGUUUGGGGGGGGGGGCUGGGGGGAAUAGCGUGAUCCUCCCACGCGCUACGUCCCCUUGGCGAAACUCCUCACUGUCAGGUGAAAAGAAGCGCCUUGUGACUCCACAUGUAUCAGAGGAGACGUGGUAGUCUGCAGCCCUCCCCGGAUUGGCAGAGAGGGUGGCGCAGUGACCCGGACGGCUUGGAAGAGUGGGGUAAUUGCCAGGAUACA